AUGUCCCUCACCGACUUGCUCCGGGCCACGCUUUCGCGAGCAGGCAGCCACGGGAGCCGGCCAGUCAAUUUACAGGCGCGGUCUACCUACAUUAGCGGCGCUCGGCUGCUUCCCAUGGGGACCUGCCUCUCCUCGCAAAAGGGCCGCCUGACCAGCGACUAUGUCGAUGCGGUCGUAAACAAGGAGCGCGGCAGCGCCAACAAGCCAAACGGGCCGGCGGCGUCGAGUUCGAAGAUGAGCCUGGGCCCGUCGGCGAGCACGCUCGGCAGCGCCCGCUCCACCAGCGGCCAUCGAGACCGCAUGUCCACCUCCAACUUUGGGUCCGAAGAGUUGUCGUCCGAGACGACAAAGGCACGCGGCCAGCGGCCGGCGAUCGAGGGGGGGGGGUUCGAGGAGGUCGACGACGAGAUUGCGAGUGCGUUUGCGCAGGGCAGCAGAGCGCAGCAGGAGGGGUCCGAGCUCAAGGACAUGGAGCUCUCCCCCGCCGACUGGGACUUGUUUCUCGCCGGCGCAAAGCAGCGCCGGUUCCUGCAGGGCGAGAGGGUGCUCGAGGAGGGGCAGCCGACCGCGGCCCUCUUCCAGAUCCUUGCGGGCGAGCUGCGGGUGGAGCUCUCGCUCAAGGGACAGCCAGCGGCGGUGGUGGCGGGCAAGGCGACCGCCUCCAUCGUCACCGACUCGGACGAGGCGAUCGUGGCGAUCGUGAUGAUCCUGGAGGCGUCCUAUCUCGACAAGCUCUUCGAGCAGCACCCGCACCUCCCCGGCCGCUUCUUCGCCUUCCUCGCGUCGUACCAGGCGCGGCGGCUCAAGCAGGUCACCGAGAUGGUGGCGUCGGCGACGGUCGAGGUGCAAGGACUCGGCGGCGACAAGGUCAAGAUCGCCGACGCGCAGUGCUACGAGCCCUUCCUUCGCUCGGACCACUUUUCGUACAUCCUGGAGCUCAAGGCGAAGGAGGGGGUGGUGCCGGGGCUGCCCGACUUUCGGCUGCUGCGCGUGCUUGGCCAGGGAGGGUUCGGGCAGGUGCUCGAGGUGGUCAAGCGGGACUGCGGCAAGCGGUACGCGAUGAAGGUGAUGCACAAGGAGAUGAUGCGGCGCUGCCUCGGCUCCUCGUGGCGCAAGAAGAUCUGGCUCGAGAAGGACCUGAUGGCGUCGCUCUCGCACCCGCUGCUGGUCAACCUGCACUACUCCUUCCAGAACCAAGAGUUCCUCGUCCUCGUCAUGGACUUGGUGCCCGCGGGCGACCUCUCCGAGUUCGUUCUCACCAAGAAGCGACUCACGCCGGACCAGGUCCGGUUCGUGGUGAUGGAGACGGUCUGCGUGAUAGCGUACAUGCACCAGGCGUCGGUGCUAUACCGCGACCUCAAGCCCGAGAACCUGCUCAUCGACGAGCAAGGCCACAUCCGGCUCAUCGACAUGGGCCUCGCAGCGCGCGUGACAAAGAAGUCGCCCAAGCGCCGCUCGCGCGUCGGCACAGAGGACGGACUGCUACAUGGCGCCCGAGGCACCGUCCCGUUCAGCCACCCCGAAUACGACUGCCCCGUCUACCGGCACCACGAGUUUGCGGACUCGCAGUGCGAGGCGCUCGUCAAGGCGCUGCUGGACCAGGCUCCACAAGACGGCGCCGAGACGGGAGCCACUGCAGAAGACCACAAGACGCGGCUCGGGUGCGGGGCGAGGGGCGUCAGCGAGCUGCUCGACCACCCGUACUGGCGCGGCAUCGAGUGGGAGCUAGUGCCGCUCAAGAAGGACUUUGUGUCCCCGAACGCCGUCAUCGAGGAGUACAUGGAGAACAUCUACCUCUGCGUCUCCUCGAUCUGA